AUGGAAAAAUGUAGAGAUUAUAUAAAAUUUUUUAAAUUUUUUAAAAUAGGAAUGGAAGUUCUUGCUGACGGGUUAAAUGGAGUUACCCUGAGAGAUCAUUCCUUCGUCAGUGACCAUUGGUUUCUGGUGGCCCUGAGUAAGAAAACUCUACACAUAUACAAAUUCUACCCAAAAACAGCCACAAAUUCAGUGGAGAAGCUGGAGCUGUUCUGGGAAUCUUCCGAUAUUUCAAAGUCAUUUGUUAGCAAUAAAGGGAAUCUGGUCUGUAUAUUAAAAGAAUCUUCCAAUUCUAUUCAACUCACUGAACUCGAAACUUCCAAAGUUCUAAAAUCUCUCAAUCUACCAAAUGGUUCUGUAUUAAAAGAAGUGGUUUUCAGUCCUUUGGAUACAUUUUUAACAGUUUUAACGUCAUGGUCCGAGUCAAAUCCUAACAAUUUAGUGGUUUAUAACCUUAAAGAUCCCAAUUAUCCCGUGGUUCUAUCACUACCAUAUGAGAAAUCCUACAUUGUUAGCAGAUUCCCAACUUGGACUCAAGACGAAUCUUUUUGUAUUUUAAGGGUAAUGAAUGAAAUAAAAGUAUGGAAGGAUAAUGAUUUUUCAAAGUUAUUUGCGAGUUUUACAGUAAAUUUGAGCCCCGAUUCAACCCCAAAUGAUACAACUGACUCCGCAAAAAGUCCUACGACUAAUCCUUUACCAAGUGGAGCUACAAUUUCACUCUCACCUCCAAAUGAUAAGGGGGUUUGCUACAUAGGUAUCUUUGCGUCAAAUCAGGGCAAAUUCGACCGUGGAGUUUUAAGAAUUUACUCCACAAACCAACUUGAGAAACCGAUUUUUAAUAAAGAAUUCGACGCCAGUGAGGAAGGGGAACUCUUCUGGAAUAGUAAAGGCACCAGCGUACUCUUCAGAACCUUUGCUAACUCAGUCAAAGGUCUUUCAUCCUACUAUGGAGCUAACUCAUUAUACCUCAUUAACUUGAACAACUCGAAAUUUAAGACGAUAAGUACAGUGAACGAUGGUAUAAUUCAUGACAUUUCGUGGUCCCAAAAUGGGAAGGAUUUUUUACUCUUAAAAGGACCAAUGCCAGCAGAAAUUGAUUUGUAUGAUGGUGUGACUGGUUUGAAGACGUUAAGUUUUGGCAAGAAUAAUAGGAACACGGUGAAGAGAGACCCUUUUGACAGACUUGUUCUAAUGGGUGGAUUUGGCAAUUUGAGAGGCGAAAUUGAUAUCUGGGAUAUGAAAACCAAAAAAAAGAUUUCACAAUCCAAAUCUGAGUGUUCGGUGAGUUGUGAGUUCAGUCCUGAUGGAAUGUACUUUGUAACUGCUACAACAGUGCCUAGGAUGAGAGUUGACUGCUGUUUUAAGAUCUUUUCCUACAGUGGGAAGCUGGUUCAGAGGGUUGACUUUGAGGAGCUUUACCACGUGUACAUUAGGAACCCAAAGUUCAAAUUCCGACAAAGAGAUCCUUCACCGUCAGUUACUCUGGAAAACUCUACCACAUCAACUCGUCUUUACAGACCUCCUGGCGCACUCGCUGGACCAAAAAUCAUUAAACAAACGAAUAUUCCAGCCAACACUGCCGUGCCUGUUAUUAAUAAGCCUAAGCUGGUUGGACCGCCUGGUGCUGACGCGGCACUUUUAUCAGCAGCUUCCAAAAUCAAGAAAAAGAAUAAAAACAAAAAAUAAUCUCAUCCUAAC